AUGUGCAAGAUUUGUAAGGAAGCCUCAGAGACGACUGGGCAUGUCUUAUGGAGCUGUUUAAAAGCACAGGAGGUUUGGGGUUGUUCCAAGGUGACAGUGCGUGUUGCUAGGACAGAGGGAGUCUCCUUUUUGGAUAUUAUGUGGCAAUUGCUAAUGAUAGAUGGGGGUAGUGAUGAAGUGGCUGCAAGGGUAUCACCCAUAGCAUGGGCUUUGUGGAACAAUAGAAAUGAGAUGCGGAAUGGUGGAGAAAGGAAGUUGGGACAAGGGCUGGUACAGUGGGCGAUGGAAUACCUUGCCGAGUAUGGAGCAACUAUGGAACUGACAGAUUCAGUGGGACUAGUGGUGGAGCUUCCAGUGAAGUGGACUCCACCAAGAGAGGGGUGGUUUAAGAUUAAUGUCAAUGGAGCCAUUUUCUCAAAACAGAAAAGUGUAAGGAUCGGGGUGCUGAUCACGGAUGAGUUGGGGGGAGUAGAAGCUGCUCUGAGUAAAAAGGUUGCUGCUCCUUUAGGCGCUGUGGAUGUAGAAGCCAAAGCUCUUAAGGCUGGCCUGAUGUUUGCAAGGGAUGUGGGUCUUCAAAAUGUGGUCUUGGAGGGGGACUCAUUAGUUUUAAUAAAUGCGUUACGUGGGACCUCUUCUCCACUAGCUUCUAUAGAACCAAUUGUCAUGGGUGUAAUGGAUCUGUGUAGGGAGUUUAGAAGUAUAGCCUUUUCUCAUGUACGUAGACAAGGAAACAAACCUGCACAUCUUUAA